AUGUCUUCCAGUUUCACUGACCUCCUUUCCAACAGCAAUAGUGAUGAUCAUUUUGGACUUGAAUUUCCCAACAAUUUCAAGACACUUCAACCUCCUUCACUCCCUUCUUAUGCUGAGUUCCCACCUGGAUUUGGCCCAACAACACAGUCAUUGAACUCAUCCCUCUUGUUUUCUUCUCAAAAUGUUCCUGCAUCUUACACAACUGAGUCCUCUUCUAGCAUAUGCUUCAACAUGAGACAUAGUUCAACUGCGGAAAAGCUAGGAAACAAGGAGGAAGAGAGAAACUACUCUGAUCUCUCUUUCCUAACAAAUGUGUCUCUGUUUCAGUCCUCCAAAAACAUGUUUCAAGUGGAGCCACUAAAGAUACAGGACACAAUUAUAUUCCAUGAAGCCGCCAAGCAAACAGAUUUCUCAUAUGAGAGGGCAGAAACAAAAUCUGAAUAUGCAUCCACCCAGGGAUUCUCCACAGAAAUUGCUUCAAUCAAACCUGAAAUACAAAGCAAUUAUACUUCUGGAUCUGGUCCAUUUUACUCCAAUAAUGCUUUUAAGUCUAUUAGAGAACAAAGGAGAUCAGAAGAUGGCUACAAUUGGAGGAAGUAUGGAGAGAAACAAGUGAAAGGAAGUGAGAAUCCUCGCAGUUAUUACAAGUGCACGCACCCAAAUUGCCCAACAAAGAAGAAAGUUGAGAGGUCUUUGGAGGGACAUGUUACUGAAAUAGUGUACAGGGGAAGUCACAAUCAUCCCAAACCACAUAAUAGAAAAAAUGUCUCUCAAUCAUCAAUUCAUCAAACUUCUUCAUCCUGCACUAUAUCAGGGAUUUCAGAUCAGUCUUUGGGAGAGGAAGAUUUUGAGCAAACUUCACAAACUACUUGUUCUGUAGGGUGUGAUGAUGACUUUGGAUCUGAGGCCAAAAGAUGGAAAGGAGAGAAUGAAAAUGAUGACUAUUAUAAUUCCUCAGCUGGGAGUAGAACUGUAAAGGAACCUAGAGUUGUGGUUCAAACCACAAGUGAAAUUGAUAUACUUGAUGAUGGAUAUAGGUGGAGGAAAUAUGGACAGAAAGUGGUCAAAGGAAACCCAAACCCAAGGAGUUACUACAAAUGCGUGAACCCAGGCUGUCUAGUAAGAAAACAUGUUGAGAGAGCUGCAAAUGAUGUGAAAGCUGUGAUUACAACUUAUGAAGGGAAACAUAACCAUGAUGUGCCUUUAGGACGAGGAAGUGCAAGCUAUAACAGAACAACUCUAAACAACAACACCAGCAACGUAACAGACCCUGCACCUGUAAGGCCUUUAGCAGUGACUAAUUCACUAAUAGGCACAAAGCUACCAGCAUCUGCAAGUCAAGAACCUAUUCCAAUGGACUUGUUGCUGAGCCCUAGAAGUCCAGAAUUUUCGGGGAAUGACUCAUUCCUUCAGUCUUUUUUUACAAAGAACUUCUAA